AUGACCGAUUCGAUUGAUCCAACGACUUACACCGCCCUUGGAAAAUCAAUCUUGGGGCAGAAGGUCACUAUUCCGAGUAUCUACAACACCUUUCCCAAUUGGAACCCUCGACAGCAUCCAGAUCACGGAAGAGCACGGGAGGAGGCCCUGAAUCCGUGGAUUCAAAGAUGGGUGAUUGACCAACGCACUGCUCGAACGCUGGAAACGGCCGACUUUGGGAGUUUUGCCGCAGUCUGGUGUCAAGAUGCCCCGUUCGAUAUACUUUGUACAGCGGUGAAGUAUUUUGCCUGGCUGACCAUCAUAUGUCAGUAUUUUGUAUACGACGAUUUAUUUGAUUGUGGAGCUUUGAAACAUGAUGAAAUCCUUGCUACCAAAUACAAAGCAGCAAGCCACCAUUAUUUCAAAUGUUCUCUACUUGGUGAGGGUGAGAAACCUGAUCUAACUUGUUUCGAUAUCGAUCUCCGGAAUGGUCUUCAGUGCUGGGACGAGAUCGGAGAGCAUAUUCGUGAAGUUUGUUCUAAAUGUGAGGUUUUAUUCAAUGCCGCGAUGAAUUGCUGUUUCUACGAUAGUGCUGACUGA